AUGACCGCUCGCGUUCUCGCGGGCAACCCCUCAAUUCAACUUUCAGUUCUUGAGGGCUCUGAGCCUUUACCAAUCACCUCAUCACCAAUCCAUUUCAAUGAUGAAAUUGCUACAGCUUCAACCACUGCCUUCCGCCGGCUGAUCAGAGCUCUGAGCAAGAUGAGAUCUCAUCAUGAUGAUUCUGAAGAAGACUCUUUCAAACCCUCAGUCAGUGAUGAUCUUGAUUCUGAGGUCGCUGAAUGA